GCUCUCAGUCUGGGGCGAGCGCUCUAGUGAGCGUGGACGGAUGCUUCGGCAGUAGUCCUGGCAGCGGCAGCGGCAGGCAGUGGUGGUGGCAGAAGAGGGGAAGAGGGACGGCCCCGAGACCUACACACACUCACACUUUCAAGUUCCCUUGGAGGGAGAGGAGUUGGGGCUGCAGAAAGAGGAGGCCAGGAGCGGUCCCAUCUAUCCCAUUCCAUCUCCCCCUUCCUCUUGCUCCCUGGCUCUGCGAGAGUUCAGGAUUUGGGUAGCCAUACGUGGCAGCGAGGGCAAAGGGACCGGGAGAGUGGGGACCAGAACCAAAGGUGUAGUGGAAGAUGCCCAUCCUGCUGUUCCUCAUAGAUACGUCCGCCUCCAUGAACCAGCGCACUGACCUGGGCACCUCCUAUUUGGACAUUGCCAAAGGCGCUGUGGAGUUAUUCUUGAAGCUGCGAGCCCGGGACCCGGCCAGCCGCGGAGACAGGUACAUGCUGGUCACCUAUGAUGAGCCUCCGUACUGCAUCAAGGCUGGUUGGAAGGAAAAUCACGCCACAUUCAUGAACGAACUGAAAAAUCUUCAGGCUUCUGGACUGACUACUCUUGGUCAGGCUCUAAGAUCCUCAUUUGAUUUGUUAAAUCUCAAUAGAUUAAUAUCUGGAAUAGACAAUUAUGGACAGGGAAGAAAUCCGUUUUUCUUAGAGCCGUCUAUUUUAAUUACCAUCACAGAUGGAAACAAGCUAACAAGUACUUCUAGCGUUCAAGAAGAGCUUCAUCUUCCUUUGAAUUCUCCUCUGCCUGGAAGUGAACUAACCAAAGAACCUUUUCGUUGGGAUCAAAGGUUAUUUGCCCUGGUGUUGCGCUUGCCUGGAGUGGCUUCCACCGAACCAGAGCAACUAGGGAGUGUACCAACUGAUGAAUCGGCCAUCACACAGAUGUGUGAAGUCACAGGAGGUCGCUCCUACUGUGUAAGAACACAAAGAAUGUUGAAUCAGUGUUUAGAAUCACUAGUUCAAAAAGUGCAGAGUGGUGUAGUUAUUAAUUUUGAAAAAACAGGGCCAGAUCCGCUUCCUGUUGGAGAAGACGGACUGAUGGAUCUGUGUAGGCCAAGCAACUUAUUUGCUGCCCAGCCAUGGCAUAGCUGCCAUAAACUCAUCUAUGUGCGACCUAAUUCGAAAACUGGCGUUCCUGUUGGACACUGGCCAAUUCCAGAAUCUUUUUGGCCAGAACAGAAUUUACCUUCACUACCUCCACGAACAUCUCAUCCUGUUGUGAGGUUUUCCUGUGUCGAUUGUGAACCAAUGGUUAUAGAUAAACUGCCCUUUGACAAAUAUGAACUUGAACCUUCUCCCUUAACUCAGUACAUCCUGGAAAGAAAAUCUCCUCAUACUUGCUGGCAGGUGUUUGUCACCAGCAGUGGGAAAUACAAUGAGCUUGGAUAUCCAUUUGGUUAUUUAAAAGCUAGUACGACUUUAACUUGUGUAAACCUCUUUGUGAUGCCUUACAACUACCCAGUUUUACUUCCUCUUUUAGAUGACUUGUUUAAAGUUCACAAGCUUAAGCCAAAUGUGAAGUGGCGACAGGCUUUUGACGGCUACUUAAAAACCCUGCCUCCAUACUACUUAAUACCAUUAAAGAAAGCACUAAGGAUGAUGGGAGCUCCAAAUCUGAUAUCAGAUAAUUUAGAUUGUGGACUUAGUUACAGUGUUAUCUCUUACCUUAAAAAACUCAGCCAACAGACCAAAAUAGAGUCCGAGCGAAUACUAGCAUCAGUGGGGAAGAAACCCCCCCAGGAGAUUGGUAUCAAAGUGAAAAAUCAUUCUGCAAGUGGCCUGACCUUGGCUCACAAUAAAAACUUUAGAAAACUGUUGAAAGAAAUCAUAGGGGAAAAUGCACCGAGACUGAUGGAAUUGACUACCAAAGAAUUUGCUGGCUUCCAAAUAGGGCUCUUCAACAAGGAUUUGAAACCUCAGACAUAUAGAAAUGCUUACGAUAUUCCACGUAGAGGACUUUUAGACCAGCUGACCAGAAUGAGAUCUAAUCUAUUGAGAACACGGAAGUUUAUUGUUGGACAAGAUGAAGAUUCACUUCAUAGUGUCCCAGUUGCACAAAUGGGCAACUAUCAGGAGUAUCUAAAGAUGCUGGCUUCUCCACUCCGAGAGAUUGAUCCGGAUCAACCAAAAAGACUGCAUACUUUUGGCAAUCCAUUUAAGCAAGAUAAGAAGGGAAUGAUGAUUGAUGAAGCAGAUGAGUUUGUGGUGGGGCCACAAAACAAAGUGAAGCGUCCUGGAGAGCCCAACAGUCCUAUGUCAUCUAAGAGAAGGCGGAGCAUGUCCCUGCUGUUGAGGAAACCACAAACACCUCCUCCUAUCACCAACCAUCUGGGCGGAAAGGGACCACUCUCAGCUUCAUGGUUCCCAUCUUGUCCAACCCUCCUGAAACCCACCCUUGUACAUCCAGAUGCCACUGUCAUUCAUGAUCUCCAUGAAGAGAAGAUGGAAAAUGGGCAAAGCGCAGCCGAUGGCUUCUUAUUAAAAUCUGCUCCGGCAGAGUUUAUGAAUGUGGCAGAACAUGGCCUUAUAUCCAACCAAUUGGAUUCACUGUCUGAUGACUUUACUGGUCUCAGGAAAGAUGGACUCAUUCACAAACCUAGUAAUAAUUUACUCCUAGGAGGAGACAAAAGCUGCAGUCUUUCUGUAGAUGACAGAAAAAUCACCAUGGCGUCUGCUUUGGAAACUGUGCCAAAUUCAAUGCAAAUCACUCCUGCGAUGGCACAAGGCAUCAAUGCCGACAUCAAGCACCAGCUGAUGAAGGAAGUUCGAAAGUUCGGACGGAAGUAUGAAAGGAUUUUCAUUUUGCUUGAAGAAGUGCAGGGACCUCUGGAGACGAAGAAACAGUUUGUUGAGUUCACCAUCAAGGAAGCUGCAAGGUUUAAGAGAAGAGUCUUAAUUCAGUACCUUGAGAAGGUACUAGAAAAAAUAGAUUCCCAUCCCCUUCUUAACAAUGUGAAUCACAUCAACAGCAGAUCAUCAUGUUAAUACCAAGACAAGUGAGGAAAAAGAAACACCUUUUCUGUGCUGUAGGCUGGAAUGGGACCUUCCUGAAGCCCUCUAGAAUGUUUGAGUGAAGGGAAUGAAUGACCUAACUCAGGCUAAGAAAAGCGCUUGACUAGAGCUUUUAAUGAUUAUCUGGAAGUAAAAGCUGGGCUUCUGCCUUAAGAGUUAUAAUCGAAAGUAUUUUUUUAUUUCAUUGUUUAUUUUUCCAGUUAGGAAAAGCGUUGUGAAAUCACACAGCACUGCUGCUCCUCCUACAGCUAAUAGAGUUCUCUCAUUGGAGCGUUACCAUUCCAGACGUUUUUCCGAGUGGGCAGGGGCCACCCGCAAGGAGAGCACUGCCUAGUGUCCUCAUUGUGUCCAGUAGAACAAGUAGGCGUGUAGAAUCGAAGUGGUCAUCGUAUGCUCAACAGAAUUUUCCACAAUUUCUAGCUGUGCCUUUUAAACCAUGCAAUAUUCAGGAUAGUUGGAAUCAAAGAGUAAAAAGCUGCUAUUUAGGUAACUUAUUUGUCUCUGGGAAGGGGCAGGGAGAGUAACCAAGCAAUCUACCUCCAGUGCUCUUCCAUUGAUCUAGAAAGAUUGCAGAGUGCACCUGAGGCUGCACUGACCUCUGACACUUGUUCUUGCAUGUGGCAACAGAAAGUCUUCAGGUAGACUUGGACAUUUUGUGCUUUGGAAGCACUAAAAGGAAAAAUAAUAUGUAUAUUUUCUUUGAUGUUUAUAUAAAAAUUUAUAUGGAGCAGUAUUGUUGUUUUUAUUUGUAAAAAUGUAAGUGAUCAAAGAGAUUUUCACUUUGCAUAUAUGAAAUAAAAUCCUUUUAUUGAUUUUCAAAAGUUUAUUGGUAAAUACAUUUCUAGUUGUAUGUCUCUUGUCAUGGCAUUCCUUUCAGAAAAACAAUUGCACAUUAUUGUAGUUAGAAUUUUCUUUGGUACGCCAACCAGCUCCCAAAUAAAGAGAUAGAGACUUAUUAAUUAUGAAUGCUCAGCCUUAGCUUAGGCUUAUCCCACUAGCUCUUUUAACUUAGUUUAAUCUGUUUCUAUUAAUCUACAUUUUGCCUCGGGCCUUUUUACCGUUCUUUCAUUAUGUAUGACCCAAUUUUCUGCUUCCUCCAAGUGUAGCUGGUUGGUUCCUGGCAUUUCCUUGGUGUCCCUUUUUCUUUCUUCCUUUAUGUCCUAAAUUCCUCCUCCUACUUACUUUCCCUGCCCACUUAUACCUUCUCCCUCGCUAUUGCCUAGUCAGCUUUUUAUUAGACCAAUCAGGUGUCUUAGGCAAUUAAGGUAAAACAGCAACACAUUUUUUUUACAUAGUUAAACAAAUGCAGCAUAUCUUUGCAUACUUAAACAAAUAUUCUACAACACACUAUCAAACAAAUUAACAUGUUAACAAGAGGGCCCAUAAGAUGGCUUAGCAGUAAAGGCUCUUGCCACCAAGCUUGGUCACCCAAAUUUGAUCCCUGGGACUCACAUGGUAAAAUGAGAGAGCCAAUUCCCAAUUGUUGUCCACUCACUUUUUUAAUGCACAUUUUGGUACAAGCACAUGUAUGUAUUUACAUAAAUGAAUGUAUAUUUGUUUUAAAUGUUAAAGGAGUUGAUCUUGGAAGUGUAACUCACAGGACUGAAUGGUGAUAUCAGAAGGGUCUGGGGAGGCCAGGCCCUCCCAAUUGCAAGUAACUGGGGAGAGAAAACUGCCAAAAUCAAAUUCAUUGGAACUCUGAAAUAAAGCCAAAGGGUUUUUCUCUUUUUUCCUUUGAGAAUUUCAUAAAAUAUAGUUUGAACAUACUCACCCCUGCCAAGCCCUCCCAUUCCUACCCUUUCCACCCCACAUCUCUUCCCACCCAACUUUGAGAUUUCGUUUUUUAAUUCUUUACCCAUCAAGUACAGUAUGUGUGGCCCAGAUGGUCAUAGGAGUGCAGCCUGACCUGGUGUGUGGUCAACUUACCCAGGAGUCCCAUCCUUAAAGAAAACUGACGCUUCUUGUGCCAGCAACUAUCAGAUGCCCAGUAGCUCCUCAGCUAGUGGUAGAAUUUCGUGUCUACCUUUCCCCCUCCAUGCUGGGAUUUUGUCUGGUUGGAGCUUGCACAGGUCUUUUGCAUGCUAUUGCAAUUGCUGUUAACUCAUUUGUGUAUCUGCUCUUUACGUCUGGAAGACAGUUUCCUUGGUGUUAUUCUCUAGCUUUCAUGGUCUUUCUUUCCCCUUUCCCCAAAGAUCCCUGAGCAUUGUGGGGAGUGAUUUUAUAUAUAUAUAUAUAUGUAUGUAUGUAUGUAUAUAUAUAUAUAUAUAUUAUUUAUCAUUUAGGACUGAGUACUCCAGUCUCUUAUUUUUUGCAUGUUGAGCAGUGGAGUAGCUCUGUUAAGUGCCAUCUGCUGCAAUAAGCUUCUCUGAUGAGAGGUGAGAGGGUGCACUGAUCUACGGGUAUAGCAUGGCAUUAGUAAGAAAUUUUAUACUAUGUCCAUUGAGGAGAAUAAUAGUAUUAGUUUCUUCCCUAGGACCUUUGACUUAUCCAGUCAUAGGUCCUUGGCUACUUGCACAGUACUGGGCAUGGGUUACUUCUCAUGGAGUGGCCUUGGGUCCAGUCAGAAAGUGAUUGACUACUCCCACAGCAUGCCAUUAUUACAUAAGUGGGCACAUCUUGUCACACCCGUUGUUGUAGUUUGCAGGGUUCGCAUCUAAGUGAGAUUUGAGGAUUACUUUCCGUCAACAUGCAUAGCAUCUUCUAGCCCCAUGGAUGCUAGCUAAUAGGGAUGAAGCUCCCAAGUAAGUACCAGCUUGAUUUUUCCAUGUUCUGUGACUUACUUUAAGAAUGGAAUCUUAUUUUCAAGUUCUGGAGGAUGGCCAAGUAUUAACACUAGUCUAUAAUGCCUGGAAGUCUAUGUCACCCCAUUGAGAAACAACAAAAACAGUACCUGCUGUUGAGUAGGUUCCUUCCAGAUUGAAAAAAAUUCCAUCAUUCAGGAAAGCUCCUUAAAAGAAGGUAAACAAAGAAAAUAGCUUCAAGCAGUCCCUGAAACUGACCAGACUGACUAGGCCCUUCCUCAUCAGAGUAAAUAAGAGUCAAUCUCUGAAAAGACAAGCUGCAAAGAAGACCCUUAGACCAGAUCAGCUGCCUGGAAGAGACAGACCAGCGAAGCUACCUGGAAAAGGUUUAGAUAGACUGAAGCACUUGGAAUGGACAGUUUUCAACCUGUUGAGAUGCCUGCAGGCUGUGUGGUGUGCUCCAGGUUCCCAACUUUGUGAACUGUCAACCAUGCUGGGGUGGGCUUUGGCAAUGCCACUGUCUUUGAGUCAUUUCUGCUCCUGUAAGUAAC